AUGACGAGGAGAAAAAGUGCGUGUUCAAAGUGGACUUUAGUUUUAUUAUUAGUUAUAGUGUGUCCGUAUGUUUAUUCGCGUCCUCAAGAAAAUGCUUCUCCAGCAGAACCCAGUGUCAGUGAAAAUGUAGUCAAAUCGACACAAAAUCCUUUAAGCCAUGAAGACACUGUUGACCAUUCAACAGAAGUUUCAAAGAAGUCCGUAUUUGCGAAACCAAUAAAGCACAUAAUAAACAAAAUAAAGAAAAUUCACAAGAAGCCCAAACCAGACUAUUCUGAAGAAACACAAGUAUAUCCUGAUAAUAUAUACGUCACUAACGAUUAUCAUCAUCCCAGUACAAGACCCAUAUAUAUUUUUAAUACACCGUCACCAACUCCAAUUAUAUCUAACGUAGGUAACCCUAAGCCUUGGUCAAGACCUAAUGUUCAAUCUCCUUAUCACACACUCACUACACAAAGGCCAGUAUUAGUCACAAAACCACCAAAAAAUAACUAUCAUAAUUCUGUAUAUAAUAACUACCCACAUCACUCAAACCACGAUUACGAGGUCACCACUUUCCAACCCACCAACGCUUACACCGAUAGAAUCAUAAUAAGACCGGAUGAAUACAGUGCCUCGCCUGAAGAAUGCCCUACGAUAUUUCUAACAUUAAAUAACACAUUUCAAGGUCAAGGAAAAGAGGCUUGUCCCGAUUUGAACAUUGCAGUUAACACGAAUGUUAUAAACAAAAAUGUUGUCGUAGAAUCCGAUGAAGAAGAAGGUGAAGGUGGUAUAUUUGCCGACCCCUUUGGGAUACCGUUUGAAGACGAAUCUGGAGACGAGACUGCUAGUACUCAUGAUAUUUUUGAUUCUGAUGAAAAUCAAGAGCAAAUUAAUAGUGAAAGUGCUUCCGUGGAAGGGCUAUCUUAUUCUAACUAUAAUGCUGCCACUGAUGGAGAUUCUUCUGAACCUGGUGGAGUAGGAUCUGCAAGCCAGGUUCUUUCUUCAUAUCAGAAACCAGAAAUUUCAAAUGAUGAAGACGACAGUUUUAGCAUUUCCUCCUUUUAUAAUUUUUUCAAGCCCGCUAUCAAUGCUUUAGGAUGGUUAUCUACCAUAAACCCUUUUGGGUUUGGUCUUCUUUCUUUCUUUUUAGCUCCGAUCGUAUUUUUGUUUGCAGGCACAUCAGGUAUAGCAGCUUUAUUUGCUCCUUGGGCUUUUUCAGCAAGAGAAGCGCCUAAGGUAGUGCAUGUUCAUAGACCAUAUUGGCACUGGGAUGACGAAAUCAAAACAUGGCACUUACAUUCUUUUCCAAAUAAUAGGAAUUGGGACCCUACAUUGCCUAGGAGUAUUAAAGAAUUAGGUAAUACAAAUAACGAUACAAUAAAACCAACGUUGUUUUAUAGAAUCAAGGAAUGGAUGAAAGUUACAACACAAAGAUUAAAGAUCAACAAUGACAGAAAAGCAAACCAACAUCAUCGUAAGAAUAGGCGAAAAAAACGAGAAACAUGGACUAAACGUAUCAAGGGCAGCAACCAACAAACCAGUAAUGAUAAAACGAAACAAGAUAGUUCCACAACAGCCGCACCUGCUACUCCUGAAUCAUCUAGAGAUGUCAAAACAAAGGGUCCUGUUAUUCGUGACUCUAUCAAAAUGGUGGCAAAUCAGUUACUCGAUAAAACAGCCAACAACUCGGGGGAUACGCCUAUAGUUCCAGAUACAAGAAUACCACCUAAACUUAAAAAUCAAUUAGCCCAUAAGCACAAAAUCAAGGUCCGAAAUGAAGACAAUGUUGAACCUAUAGAAAAUGCUCACGUUGGCAUAGCCGUCCCCAUGACCAUGGAAGAACUAGAAUCUGAAAAUAAAGUGAGCGAGUCUUCCACUUCAAAUGAAGGUAUCUCCACAUGGAUAUUACUUAGCAAUACAUCUAAUGCUACUGUUGUAUCUACAGAACCAACAAAACUUGAGGAGAAUCAAAAGAAACACAAGCCAACUUCAACGAAAAAUAAAAACAAAAGACCACAAACUAAUAAAGUUCCUUCGGCUAAACGACCAAUUAUCGGCAGCACAAAUAAAUCUGACUUAAUCGCUGGUGGUUCUGCAAUCAAUGAAAAUGUUUUCAAUAAAAUAAAAGAUACUGUUUUAACUAAUGUUCAUAAAAACAAAAAUACUCCUACACCUCAAAUGCUGUCUACGACAACCACAACUACUACCGUGGCUCCCACUUCUGAAGAAAUCACAACAAUCAAAGAAAAAAUAACAAAAGCUCCGAGCUCAAUCAUUCCAGUUAUUAAAGUAACUUCAAAGCCAGCUAAGAAGAAAAAUAAGAAUAAAACAAAAAUUACUACUACUUCAGCUCCAGUUGAAGAAAUACAAGAAUCAGCUUUGCUUCCGAUGGAACCAAAAGAGACCGAAAUUGAGUUGGAGAUAAGCACACCAGCAACUACAACCAAAAAACCUAAGCGAAGCUCUACAAGGAAAAAGAAUAAAACUAAGAAACGAAAAACUUCAAAACCUAAACCUGAUAGUGACACUGCUGUCAGUGAGAUAAAAACGACAUCCAAUAAAACUAAAUCAACAAAACCUAGCAAGAAACCAAGUAACCCAACAGGUCCUUUAUCAACUCAAAUUUACAAUUACUUAUCUAGAGAAGUGAUGCCAUCAGUUGGUGUGGGUGUUAUUGGUUUAGCCAGUUUAGUAGGAUUAGCUAGUUACUUCCUGUAUCCUUUUUCAACACCAGUACGAAGAACAAUCGAGGUUGACAAAAAAGAUGAUUUAUACAGAAACAAUGCAGAAGAAUACGCUAAUGAAGGAAACGGUCAAGCAGAAGAAGAAAUGCUAGGAACAGUUCUUGCGGGUAUGCCUGCCCAUUCAAAACAAAAACUUAACCCGUAUGCGGGUCAAACUCAUAUCAAUAGAUAUACAGUCAAAAAGGAGCCAGAAAAUAUUAGGUAUCGUCAUGUUGCUACAAAUUAUGAACCUAAUUAUAAUGUACACUAUCCACAGCAAAAAACCGGUAUUGCUCACGGUGCUGUAUAUUCUAAGCCUGUCAAUUAUGGUCCACAACAAUAUGAAACCAGAAACGUGUAUACAACAGAAAGCAAAUAUGUCUAUGAUAAAAGCCAUACUUCUUAUACUCCUUCCUAUUCUGUAGUCGAACCUAUAUAUGCAGCUCCACAAACAGGUCCCUCGGCAAUUUCAUCUUUUGAAAAUGAUGCAGCAAAUACAGUCGUGUACGGUGUAAAACCAUCAGCAGACACUGAUUUUAGGCCUGUUUACCCUUUUGAAGGAAAAAUAUUUAGUGAAACUACUAGCAACCCGGUAUCAUAUCCACCUACAUCAAUGUACUUAGGCUCAAAUAGUGAUUCUGAACAAUCAGCAGAGGAAAAAUAUGAUGAGGAUUCCGAAACAAAUACAGGAUCUAUUGAUAAUAAGUUUGUUGUUGGCAAUGUCCCUAAAGAGUUAGCAGAAUCUGCUACUCCAGCAGUUGUUCCCGAACACGGUCCAAGAAAUAUAAGAAAAAAGAGGAGUGUUAGUCGUAGACGAAAUAUCAGAGGUAACAUAGAGGAGAUGUUGAAAGAGGCAAAUAAAGACAUUUUUAUAAGCAAUGAAAUCGACGACGUUCCUGGUAUGCUCAUAAGAAACUUGGCGUCACCUACAGAAUUUGCUCCAAUGAUGAAUGAAGUAACACCAAUUCCUGAAAAUAAAGAAGUUUCCACUAUUUAUGCAACGUCUGUCGACCCAAGCAAAGAAAUUCUUGGCACUAACGCACCAGAUUCAGUCAAUGAGGUUAUCAUUGAAAAUAUUUCUACAAUGCCUAUAGAUGUUGGAAAAGAAAAGGUUACAACAGAGACAGAUCAAGCAGAAACUACAACAAAAUCAUUCAGAGUAUAUGAAGUGUUUACAAAUAAUCCAACAGAAAUUGAUGAGAAAGAUCUUACUGAGAAAUUAGAGACAACGACUCAAUUCAAAAACAUGAUGACAGAAACGACCACUGAAUUAAAAUCCGAAACUACUUCAACGAUUCCUCCUCCACCAUCACCAGUUUCAGAGACAAAACUACCUCCUCAAUCUCCUCUGCCAGUGAUACCCAGACCGAAACCAACUUUGCAUCCAGAAGUCAUAACAUACCCCCCGUUGAACCAAGAAGGAGGUUUCUUUUCUUUCUUGAAGCGACUCGUAGAAUUUAAGUAUAGAUUGGGUCUUAGCAUUCUUCAAACGACAUCAGACAACUUGAAUAGAUAUCUCCGUAGUAUCGAGGAUUCUAUGCAGAAAGUUGCGAAGGCUUCGCAAUGA